UUGGUAUUUUCACCAUGUCUGUUCCAAAGAUACCCACACUCGAUACCUAUGAUGCCGUCUGGUCCUGGAAUCCGCUAGCUUCUCGCACUCUGCCGCAACCCUCGUUUGAAGCACUAACGGGUCUCUCUUACUCGGACUAUCAGAGUGGAUGGCUGACGGCAGUCCAUCCCUCGGACAGACAUGCCCUCCUCCAACACGCCCUCCCCUCUUCUUCUAGUAACACUACCAUUCCUGUUGGUCGUUCAUGGCGUACGACGACACGCAUCCGCUGCAAAACACACUAUGUCCGCGCAUGUCUGAACGCAACCUGGCUCAACAAUGCCUGGAUAAUUGGUUGUCUGGUCCUCGACGAACUGGUUUUGGAUGUCAACGAGGUCUUGAGCAGAGGAGGUGUCAUGGGCAAAUUGGUCCGUGAAAAGGAUUGGUCUUGUACAGAAUUGGGAUGUGUCCAACAAUGGUCUUCAAGUCUCGUCACCGCAGUCUCGUUUCUUUUGCGCUCUGCUUUUCCUUUCAUUCUCUUUUGGGGUCCCUCUCGUUGUGUCAUUUACAAUGAUGGAUACAUUCCCAUUUUCGGCACGAAACACCCACACAUUCUCGGCGCACCGGCUUUCGAAGCCUGGGGAGAAGUCUGGGACGUGAUUGCUCCCAUGUUGGAUCAAACUUUUGCAGGCGAGGCAACCUGGUCAGAGGAUCAAUUGUUGUUGCUCACUCGAUCGGGUUAUGUAGAAGGUAUAUGCUACUUUACGUGGUCCUACUCUCCUGUCCGGAACGAGGACGGAUCCGUCGGUGGUGCCAUGACACCCAUUACAGAAACGACACAGCGCGUCCUAAGUGAACGCCGCCUCUUACUUUUGCGUGAACUCGGAGCUGUCACGGGAAAUGUCCAAUCCGAGGAAGAAGCUUGCACACUUGCCGCCAACGUGUUCCGAGAGCAGUCUGCAGAUUUACCUUUUACAUUAAUUUACAUCUUGGAUCCCACAAGACAAGUGUUGGUUCUACGCGAAUCCACCCACCUUUCACCUGGACAUUCAGCCUGCAUCCCCGAACUCCCCAUCACAACCACCACCCCCUGGCCCUUCUCCCAAGUCCUCACAACCCGCACGCGCCUUGAACUCGAUUUAACCACCUUGCCUCACUCUUUUCCUGGCCGAUCCAUAAGCGGCACUCAUUCCCCUUGCACACACGCCCUUCUCCUUCCUAUCGGCGAACAAGACCCGAUGGGUGUUUUUAUUGCGGGUGUGAAUCCCCUAAGAGCUCUUGAUGCGAAUUACAAGUUUUUUAUGGAACAGGCUCGGGCGCAACUUGCUGCGGCGAUGAGUACGGGAAGGGCGUAUCGGGAGGAGAAAAAGAGGGCAGAGGCUUUGGCUGAGAUUGACCGAGCCAAAACUGCUUUCUUUAGCAACGUAUCCCACGAAUUUCGAACGCCCCUCACCCUCAUCCUCGGGCCCCUCUCCGACGUCCUCGACGAUCCAACCCUCUCUUCCAGCCACCGCGACGCCCUCCAAGUUAUGCACCGCAACUCCCUCCGUCUCUUAAAACUCGUCAACUCUAUCCUCGACUUUUCACGUAUCGAAGCAGGACGAAUGCAAGCUUUGUAUAAACCGACCGAUUUAGGGAUAGCGACAGCAAAUGCUGCGUCCAUGUUUCGAGCCGCGAUAGAAAAGGCGGGAUUAGAGUUUGUUGUGGAUGUCUGUGAAGGGGAGGAGGUGUAUGUUGAUCUUGAUAUGUGGGAGAAGAUUGUUUUUAAUCUCCUCUCCAACGCCUUUAAAAACACUCUGAAAGGCGGCAUUUACGUCCACCUAGCCUCGAAUCCUACGACCCUCUCCCUGUCUGUCCGCGACACGGGGUGCGGCGUCCCCGAAACCGACCUCACCCGCCUCUUUGAACGAUUUUAUCGCGCAGACACCUCCCACGGCCGAAGCCACGAAGGAACCGGCAUUGGACUAGCCCUCACACUCGAACUCGCCAAACUCCACGGCGGGACAAUAGACGUGUCAAGCACCGUUGGUACGGGUACGAUAUUCACGGUUCAUAUCCCCCGUGGUAAGAACCACCUCCCUCCUGACCGCAUCCAAGAGUCGGAUGUGACCCAAACCACGGGAACAAACACCAUUGGCGAAAGCUUUGUUGCAGAAGCUUUACGCUGGUCGGAUCCACCUGAUUUAGGUCCUUCUCCGCCGACACGACUUUUGACGCCACCGCUUUCGGUAUCGGAUACCGAUGACGAUCGGCCACGGAUUUUGUUGGCGGAUGAUAAUGCUGAUAUGAGGAGUUAUGUGUCUGGGUUGUUGCGUGCUUGUGUGGUGAGGGUUGUUGCGGAUGGUGUGGAGGCUUAUGAAUGGGCAGUGCGUGAACCGCCCGAUUUGAUUUUGAGCGACGUCAUGAUGCCCCGCAUGAACGGUUUCGAACUUUUGGCCCGCAUUAAAUCCCACCCAAUUCUCAAAUCCAUCCCCUUUAUCCUCCUCUCCGCCCGAGCAGGAGACGAAGCUCGCGUCGAAGGCCUCCAAGCCGGCGCAGACGACUACCUCGUCAAACCCUUUUCAGCCCGUGAACUCCGCGCCCGCAUCAAAACCCACCUCGACCUCGGUCGCCUCCGAGGAGAACUCGAACGCCUAGUCCAACAACGUACUGCAGCUUUAGCUGAAAGUGAACGACGAUACCGCCUUUUAGCCGAUCUCGCUCCUGUUGGUAUCCUCCAAGCUGACCCUACCGGCCAUAUUGAAUUCACCAAUGACCGAUGGUGGCAUAUCCUUGGCCGUGAUCGAACAAAUUACCACCCCACUGACUGGGAAUCCUUUGUUCACCCCGACGACCGGACCCUCAUGUCCACCAACUGGUCCAACGCCCUCUCCAAACUCCAGCCCUAUCAAAUUGAGUGUAGGUGCAUUACGGAAGGGGGAUCCAUUGUGCAUGUCAUGACGGAGGGUGUACCGGAUGUAGUACUGAAAUCGGAUGGAACGACCGAGCAUCGGGGGUGGUACCUUGCGACGAUUGAUAUUUCGGAACGGAAGGCGUUGGAAGCUGAGCGGUUGGAUAGGUUGAGGAAUGCGGAGGCUGAGCAGAGGAAAAGGGCUGAAGAGGCUGAAGAGAAUCGAAGGCAUCAGGAAAUGUUUAUUGACAUGAUUUGUCACGAAAUCCGUAACCCUCUCAACGGCGUCAUCAACAAUGCCGAUCUCGUCCGUCUAAACCUCCGAAGCCGCCGCACGCUCUGCGAAAUUCUCUGGAAAAUCGCCCAGUCGCACGCAGAUCUCGUCCCACCCGCUCUCGCCCAAUCCACCUGGACACAAUGGACACAAGACCUCGAAGCCAUUGACGCGAUUGAAAUGUGCACCCGGCAUCAAAAGGUCAUUACGGACGAUGUAUUGAAUCUGUCUAAACUCCGAUCAGAACGUAUCGUCCUUGCACCUAUUCAAUGUUCCCCCGAGCAAGUCACCUUAGCUGUCAUACGCAUGUUUUCCGCCGAACUCCGACGCAAAAAAAUCGAAUGUACUGCAUACCGUGUUCAUGGACAUCUUCCGGACCCACCACCUCCCAAAACCACCCUCCUCAACACCUACCACGUUACACCCAUCACCACUGACUCCCAAACAACAACCGUUCUAAUCGACCCAGACCGGCUUAGUCAAGUAUUAUUCAAUUUAGUGAGCAAUGCUAUUAAAUUUGCGAAUACGAAUCCGAGGUUGGAUCCGGGGAUUGCUACGCCUUUUUCGAGUUUACCUUGUGUGAUGCAUUCGAGGAUUACGAUUUUUUUGGAGUAUACUUGGGGGGCUCCUGUGUUGCCCUUAUCGUCGGCUUUGUCACCAUCAUCCUCGUCAUCUUGCGUGGCAUCUACCUCUCCAUCACACUCUACCCAAUGUCCUCCUCCUCAUUCGACUACUACGGCUACUAUCACAAAUUCUACCACCACUCAUCAUUCAACACCUCCAACCCACCUCCUAAUAACCAUCCACGACAACGGCAAAGGCAUGACCGAAACAGACGAAUCCGCCCUUCAAGCCUCCACACCCGCCAACCUAAAGACCUAUCGAGAUUAUACCAGUAAUGCAUUAGGAUUAUUCAUUUGUAAGCAAUUUGUGGAUAUUAUGGGAGGUUGGAUUUCUGUUGAGAGGUGUGCGGAGGGGACUGAGAUUCGAGUGUGCUUUUUGGUCGGAAAUGUUUCUGUGUCGCCUCCUUCUCCUCUUGUUUUAUCGUCUUCGUCUACUUCUCUCCCUUCCCUCGAUCGGAAAUCUGUAUUAGAUUCAUCACAAGAUCUUCCCCCAACAAAUUUAUCUGUCCUAAUUGUGGAAGAUAACCUCGUCAAUCAACGCGUUCUAAAACGACAGCUAGAUUUAGCGGGGUUUAAAUCCCAAGUAGCCAAUAACGGAGCAGAAGCAGUUGAAAUGACCGAGAAAGAGCAAUUUGAUGUCGUUAUUAUGGAUUUAGAGAUGCCUGUUAUGGACGGCUUGGAAGCAACACAACGCAUACGAGCCCGUGAAGCCCAUCUCCCUCGUUCAUUACGACAUACCCCCAUACUAGGAUUAUCUGGGAAUGCGAGACGAGAGUUUCAGGAAAAAGCUUUGGGUGUUGGAAUGAAUCGAUUUAUGGUUAAACCGUAUGAUCGGAAGGAGUUGGUGGGGUGUUUGGUCGGGUUGGUGGGGCAAGGACGGUAAAAGAUGGAAUGUUGGGGAGGAGUUUUUCUUGGUUGGAUGUGUAUCUAUGUAUGUGUGGGAGGGGACUGUUUUUGUGCUUUUUAUUCUUUUUUGGUGCAUUUUAUUUUUAUCGUUAUUUAUUCC